ACCUAAGUACACGUGGUGAUGACUGAUAAGUACAUAUCCGAGAUUUUUCUAGUUGGUGUGAUUAGACCCGACUGGUACCUCCUAUACGUGAAGAUGUCUGCAAUUGUUAAAGUUGAACCUAAAAAAGAAGAAGAAAUAAGUGCAUACCUUAACGAAAAUGUUUUUCUUACUAAUGAUGUCUCAACAACUAUCAAGCAAGAAUCUAAAGAGAUCAUGAACAGUGCCAAUUAUUCUAAUGAAUUGCACCAGGAAGAAUCCAUGUUUAAAAGUCAUCUAUUAACACACAAAACUUCAAAAGAUAUAAAAUGUACUCAGUGUGACUUCACAACUAAUUAUAAAUCCUGUUUAGUACGACAUUUGCUAAUACACAAGACAUCUAAAGAUUUAAAAUGUAGCAACUGUGAUUAUGCAACUAAUAGUGGUGUAAAUUUAACAAACCAUUUAUUAAGACACAAAACGUCUAAGGAUAUAAAAUGUGCACAGUGUGAUUAUUCAACUAACAGUAGUGUAUAUUUAACAAAGCAUCUGUUAACACACAGAACAUCCAAGGAUAUAAAAUGUGACCAAUGUGACUUUUCAACUCAUUAUAAAUCUAGGUUAAAUAGACAUAUGUUACUGCACAAGGUAUCUAAAGAUUUAAAAUGUGCUCGGUGUGACUACACAACUAAUUGUAAAUAUAGUUUAAAGAAACAUCUGAUCAAACACAAGACAUCUAAAGAUUUAAAAUGUGCUCAGUGUGACUACUCAACAAAUUUUAGUUAUAGUUUAAAGAAUCAUCAGUUAACACAUAAGUUUUCCAAAGAUUUAAAAUGUGCUCAGUGUGACUACUCAACCAAUUUUAAAAAUAAUUUAAAGCAACAUCUGUUAACACACAAAAUUUCUAAACAUUUCCAAUGUGCCCAAUGUAAGUAUGCAACCAAGGGUUGUGCCAAUUUUAAAAUCCAUCUAAAAUGUGACCAGUGUGACUACAGAUCUCAUUAUAAAUCUAGUUUAAAUAGACAUAUUAUGUUAAUACACAACACAUCUAAGGUCUUAAAAUGUGCUCAGUGUGAUUAUUCAACCAAUAGUAAAUUUGUUUUAGGGAGACAUUUGUUUAUACACAAGACGUCUAAUGUUUUAAAAUGUGCUCAGUGUGACUACUUAACCAUUUGUAAAUCUAGUUUACGAAAACAUUUGUUAAUACACAAAACAUUUAAAGAUUUAAAAUGUAAACAGUGUAACUACUCAACCAAUCGUAAAUCCAGUUUAGUCAGACAUACGUUAGUACACAAGACGUGUAAGAUCUAAAAUGUGCCCAUUGUGAGUCAGUAUAAGCAGGGUAAAUUAUAUAUAUGUAUGUAUGUGGACCUCUAAUUUGACCGUUGUGGUUUCGGAGACCCCCAUUAUUUAUAGACAUCCUUAUCUUGGAUUGAGUCUACUCUAAUAAACAAUUUGUGGCAUACGUUAC